UCCAGGCACCAGGGCAGAGGUGAAUAGGCAUGAGGCAUGAAUGCCCCAGAGGGCCAGACACAAUCCAGGGGGCCUCCUGGUGAAGGUGGGCUAUGAGCUAGACUUUGAAGGAUGACCAAACCCAGAGGAAGGGCCGUGUGGCCAAAGGUGGGCAGUGGUGCUGAGAGAACCAGGCCAGAGCAGGAGGGACUGGAGCAUCUCAAAAGCGCCAUGUAUGGCCAUGUGUUCAGACCGGGCAGCUGUGGGCUGAGCCUGUCCAGGGCAUUGGCCUGCACUGGGGAAGCCCUGCCCAGCGUGAAGAAGGCAGCUCCCUGAGGAGCAAGCUUCCUCAGGAUCCAACUCCUGACCCUCAGGCCAGGGAGCACCUGGGUGCGGGAAGCCUACCUGCAGUUCAUGGUGUCAGUGGCCACGAUGCUGCGGGAGGACGCAAACCUACCCAGGGACAGCCACCUGGUGCAGGAGGACAUGGCACAGGUACUGGAGCUGGAGACGCAGCUGGCCAAGGCCACGGUACCCCAGGAGGAGAGGCACGACGUCAUCGCCCUGUACCACCGGAUGGGCCUGGAGGAGCUGCAAAGCCAGUUUGACCUGAAGGGAUUUAACUGGACUCUGUUCAUACAAACUGUGCUAUCCUCUGUCAAAAUCAAGCUGCUGCCAGAUGAGGAAGUGGUGGUCUACGGCAUCCCCUACCUGCAGAACCUUGAAAACAUCAUCGACACCUACUCAGCCAGGACCAUACAGAACUACCUGGUCUGGCGUCUGGUGCUGGACCGCAUUGGCAGCCUAAGCCAGAGAUUCAAGGACACACGAGUGAACUACCGCAAGGCGCUGUUCGGCACGAUGGUGGAGGAGGUACGCUGGCGUGAGUGUGUGGGCUACGUCAACAGCAAUAUGGAGAACGCCGUGGGCUCCCUCUACGUCAGGGAGGCAUUCCCUGGAGACAGCAAGAGCAUGGUCAGAGAACUCAUUCACAAGGUGCGGGCAGUGUUUGUGGAGACGCUGGACGAGCUGGGCUGGAUGGACGAGGAGUCCAAGAAGAAGGCGCAGGAGAAGGCCAUGAGCAUCCGGGAGCAGAUCGGCCACCCUGACUACAUCCUGGAGGAGACGGACAGGCGCCUGGACGAGGAGUACUCCAACCUGAACUUCUCAGAGGACCUGUAUUUUGAGAACAGUCUGCAGAACCUCAAGGUGGGCGCCCAGCGGAGCCUCAGGAAGCUUCGGGAAAAGGUGGACCCAAAUCUCUGGAUCAUCGGGGCGGCGGUGGUCAAUGCGUUCUACUCCCCAAACAGAAACCAGAUUGUGUUCCCUGCCGGGAUCCUCCAGCCCCCCUUCUUCAGUAAGGAGCAGCCACAAGCCUUGAACUUCGGAGGCAUUGGGAUGGUGAUCGGGCACGAGAUCACGCACGGCUUUGACGACAAUGGCCGGAACUUCGACAAGAACGGCAACAUGAUGGAUUGGUGGAGUAACUUCUCCACCCAGCACUUCCGGGAGCAGUCACAGUGCAUGAUCUACCAGUACAGCAACUACUCCUGGGACCUGGCGGACGAACAGAACGUGAACGGAUUCAACACCCUUGGGGAAAACAUUGCCGACAACGGAGGGGUGCGACAAGCCUACAAGGCCUACCUCAAGUGGAUGGCAGAAGGUGGCAAGGACCAGCAGCUGCCCGGCCUGGAUCUCACCCAUGAGCAACUCUUCUUCAUCAGCUAUGCCCAGGUGUGGUGUGGGUCCUACCGGCCCGAGUUCGCCAUCCAAUCUAUCAAGACAGACGUCCACAGUCCCCUGAAGUACAGGGUACUGGGGUCACUGCAGAACCUGGCCGCCUUUGCAGACACGUUCCACUGUGCCCAGGGCACCCCCAUGCACCCCAAGGAGCGAUGCCGCGUGUGGUAGCCAAGGCCCCGCCGCGCUGCGCGGCCCACGCCCACCCGCUGCUCCGAGGCAUCUGUGCGGAGAAGGUGCAGCCAGCGGCGACCCAGCAUGUGUCCCGGCCCGGCCGACCAUGCCAAGCCUGCCUGCCAGGCCUCCGCACCUGGCCUAGGGUGCAGCCACCUGCCCGACACCCAGGGAUGAGCAGUGUCCAGUGCAGUACCUGGCCCAGAGUCCCCUCUACGGAUACCCGCGGGGCUCAGCGCCCCCGUCACAGCCCUAUAGAGACGAUCAACUGUGUCCUGCCCACCCUCCAAGGUGCAUUGUUUUCCAAUAUCCACAGCUUCAGACUUGAGCUAAGUAAAUGCUUCAAAGAAA